AAUAAAGGAAAAUAAAAAUUAACCUAAAAGAAAGUAAAAGUGUACCGGACAAGAAUGACGAUUAGGAAUAUCAAUUUUGUAAAAAAAUUCCAUACAUGCACUCGAAAUGCGUAUCCAGUCAUCUAUUUUUUCGACCGAUAACUGUGGUCAAGUAUAACAAGCGUGUUGGCCCUGACAUCUGUGCACCCUUGUCACGGGAAUUAGUUUUUACCUUGGACAGAAAUAAUCACACAACAACAAAAACUACGACCCUCCACCCCUCUCUGGGGACUACAUCUGGUACAGCCCUCAUAUUUCUAAUAUUGGUAUCUGGGGAUAUCCAUUUCCUGUGGACUAUUUCGGGCAAGCCGCCCGUUUGGAGGUGUUCGGGACCGCUGGAGCCAGGGACAGGACUAAGGGAACCUCUAUUCUCUUUUCUUUCCACAAGCGCGAACAAAAAGCUGCCCUAAAGAUGGGCGAUAUCGACGGUUUGGAUCCAGAUCUCGCGGGCUUUGACGAGAAAUCCAAAGAGGGAGGAGAAGGAGCGAAUGAGUUUGAGGAGGAGGACGUGGAUGGUGACAUGAUAGAGCCUGACCUGGAAACCACACAGGACGUCGAGUGGGAAAACAGGGCGGAAGACACUGCCACUGACCUGAAUGGGGUAAACGAAGAAGAGGAGGUUUCAGAAACACCCUAUAUGAUCCCCGAGGGCCUCCAUGAUAUGAUACCGGAGGGAAUGAUCGAGUCUGAGACAAUGCAGAAGGUAGUACAGAUGCAGCUUGAUAUCAUCCGCGAGGACUACGAGCGGGUUGAGGAGUACGAGAGCACGUACGAGGAACGGGUGGCGACGGUGGUUCUGGGAACGACGGCAGACAAAUCGACAAAGGGCGGUUCAAAAGAAGAUCCAACAAAACCAGUCGAAAAGUCUGUAGAAGCCGCCAAGAAAGAAGCAGAUACGGAGUCGACAGAACCUGCAGUAAAAGAGACAGAAAAGAAGGAGACGGAGCCAUCUAAGAAAGGGCCCGAAACGAAGGCGACAGAACCCUCUAAGAAGGAACCAGAAAAGAAGGUUCCAGAGCCUUCUAAGAAAGAGCCGGAAAAUAAGGAUGCAGGACCUAAAGCUAACCCGGCGGCACCCGUAGAUGGUGACGCCAAGAAAGAGGAGAAGGCCGAUGCAGAGAAAAGUACGGGCACAUCUGAGGAGGUUUUGGGAGCUGCUGCCAAGAAGUUCGGUGCAAAAGCCGAACCGGCGAAGAAAGAUGAAAAACCGAAAUCCAGCCUUGGGCUCAAAAAGGCACCAGCUGGUGCAAAACCCGGCGAAGAGUUCCAUUUCGAAACCUCGAAGGAGGCUCUUACGGAAGCCGAGAAGCAAAAGAAGAAGCAGAAGGAGCUUGAAGAAAUGCUGAAGAAGGCUCUUGAGGAAGCACGUCUUGCGGAAGAAGAAGCCCGCCGCCUGGCAGAACUCGAGGCACGACGCAAGAGAGAGGAGGAAGAAAGGAACGCGCCGUGAAGAAGAAGAAAGAAAGCGCCGCGAGGAAGAGGAGA